GUACAAAGUUCAUAUUUCUUUUGUAUGAGUAUCUUCAGGCUUUUAGUUGUAAUUAAUUUGAAGUCUUAUUUCCUGAAUUCAGGUACAUAAUCAUUUCUUUCUGUAUCAUGGUUACCCUUUAUGAACUGGCCUUCCCAGUCAUUUAUCAGAUGUCUUUUGUACGUAUCUAGGUUAUAUGGACUUACUGUGUACUUUUUUUUUUUUUUAAUUUUUUUUUCUUAAUGUUUUUAUUUAUUUUUGAGACCGAGAGAGACAGAGCAUGAGCAGGGAAGGGGCAGAGAGAGAGGGAGACACAGAAUCGGAAGCAGGCUCCAGGCUCUGAGCCAUCAGCACAGAGCCCGAUGCAGGGCUCAAGCUCACAGACUGUGAGAUCAUGACCUGAGCUGAAGUCGGACGCUCAACCGACUGAGCCACCCAGGCGCCCCCUUACUGUGUACUUUAAAAAGAAGUCCUGGAUCAAAUCUUCUUGUGAGUGGAAAUCCUACAUGGCUUGUUGGGACGAAUACUGGGUAUUAUAUGUAAGUGAUGAAUCCCUAAAUUCUACUUCUGAAAUCAUUAUUACACUAUUUAACCAACUUGGAUGUCAAUUUAAAAAAGAAAGAAAGAAAUCAUACAUGCCUGUCAAAGAACAUGUAUAUUUUACCUCAGUUGUAUUUGACUAAUAUUUUCUUUAACCUAGUGGCUUAGAGUAGAGAUCAAUGAGGCAAGCAGAGUGAAUUGGGCUCUUGAGUUUUGGCCAAGAAAUGCUCAAGCCAUCGUGGUGUAAUGGAAUGAGUACGGGCUUUGGAGCCAGCAUCUACUAUUGUUAGCUGAGUGAAUGACUUCAUUCAAAUUUCUUAAUUUCACCAAGUUAAUUUCCAUAUCUGUAAAAUAGGAAAAGGACCCUAUCUUCUUGCUUUGUUGUAUGGAUUAAAUAAAUAUUUAGUGCAUUAAAUUUAAUGCAUUAAAAUUCUCAGUGAAUGUUAGAUCUUUUCUUUUUCUUCAGAGCAUUACAAUUUGGAUUACAGUUACCAAGAAGUAUUUUAAAAUUUACAAUUUUCAGCUCACACAAUAAGCAGCUUGGUUUGGGGUGAUUAUGAUUUGGCUGAAAAAAAGCAGGGGUGUUGGCUGCCACAUAGUUCUUAAUUUUCCAGGAUCUGAAGAAAAAUACCUGUUGAUGUGUGAGCAUCUCUGGUACCUCUAGACUACUAAUCAAUUUAGUAUACAGAGGAGAUACUGUGGUGAACAUAGUGUACUGCUUUAGCCUGUGUCAAGUUGGAGAAUUAAACUGCGUGCUAACAGUAAUCACUACCAACUGCUUAGUUGUAUCUAAGCCUUUCAUACUGUCUCAAAGACUGGUAAAAAUUGACCAGUGUUUACAAUGCAGUUAAGUGUAUUCAGUGGACUUAAAUGAGCAUGAUGUCUGAACGAAAGUUGAAAAAAUACAGUCUCCCCUGCCACGAUUAAACAUAGAACCUAGUGAGCUUCAGUUUGAAAUUCAUAGUUUGUCUCUUGUGGAAAUGUAUUGAAUAAGUGGAAAAUGGACUAUUUUCUUGGCCCCAUUUAUCACAGACAUGAUGAUUUCCCUUAUCUCCUAAAAUAGUACAAUACCUAGAUCUGGAGACCUCUGAUGGGCUUCUGUUAAGUACGACUUACUGUGACUGAGAUAUUACAACAUCAUCCACUUGAAGCUUAGCUUGGCAGAGUGUAGGGUUUUCCUGUGUAGUUUGUAAAUUAUUGAAUGCCUUUUGCCAGUGGCCAGUACUGCCUAUUUCAGAUUUAGCUCAGUAUUUGUUUUCUGAAAACAGAAAUUAAUAUUAGAUUGCUCAGGAAAACUUCUUUUACAGACUGAAAUCUUUGGGUAGGGCAUAGAUUAUUUUUCUCUGUGUUCUCUAGACUCUAGAAGCUUUAGCAUUUGGAAACAUGAGGGUUUUGUGAGAGAUUCUGAAGGAAGUCCGUACAAUUAUGAUUUGAGUUUCAGAAGCCCAAAUGAGGCAGGCAUUUGGGGUGGUUUAUUGAUAGGAGAGGUCGACUGAAAAAUAAGGACACCCCCUCCCCCUUGUUACUCCUUGUUCCUGUUUAUAAAGAACUUAUUUCCUUAAACAAACAUCCUAGCGUAAGGGUCCUCCAACCGGCACAUGUCUAAAGCAAUCACUACCGUUCCCCUUCUCUUCGGUUUGCUUGGAUUUCUUCCCCACCACUUUCUGACCUUUUAUGAGUACGUUUGAGAGAUGAAAACUCCUUAUAAAGUGAUUGGAGACAGUCUCUCUAAAACAGAAAAAGGAAAAUUAGGAGAAAGUUUCAGACAUGUCUAGAGUCUUGAUCAGUCUAUAGAAGGACAUAGGUGGUGUGGUAAAUGGUUUAUGGUGGGUGGGACGUUGGCUGGAGUCUGAGGAGGAAGAGUUCUAGGCUGGGACACAGGAAAAGGAGACAGUAUUGCAGCCUCACUAUGGCUAGGCCUAAACCAUUACACAUUGUUCAGUUGUGGUAAAAUAUACAUAACAAGGACCUAACCCAUUUUUAUGGAGUGUACACGUACUGUCAUGACUACUUUGCUCGGAAACCGUGCUGUGAUUUGUGCUAGAUGUGGGUUCAGCUGCCCCAAGUGGUGUGAGUGGUGUGAAUCUGCGUAUACCUACCUGUGGGACAGCUCCAGGAACAGAUCUCCAAGGAACACGUCUACUGUCUUACCGAUGUCUGUUCUUUAGCACUAGCAGUCGGGUUUAUUUGUAAUUUGGAACAUGUUUUGUCAUUGAUGCUGUGAUUUCCUGUCCUGGAUGUUGGCUCUGGAAGCUAAACAGUUAAAGCAUCAUGAUUUCAGAGGAAACUAGCUCUCAUGAAUGAAGGCAAAGUUUGGCACUAGGCCAGAAUAAUGGGGGGCAGUUAGGGUGGGGAGACUAACUGACUUUUGUACCACAAAUGACAUUUAAAAAAAUUAAGAGAUAAUUCCAUGUCCUGAGGUUAUAAACCGGCUUCAACUGGUUUCCACCCCCCCUUCUGCCCCCGCUAGGCAUCAUGGGUAAAAGUAAGCAUCCCCCUGUUUCUUUUGUUUAAUGUAACAGUACGCCAUGUGAUUGGCAGGGCAGUGCCCGCUUGGAGACCGGGUUUAUGCAGGUCUCUCAAGGGGGCUGGCACGUAUGGGGUCGUCCCUGUGCUAUAGAAAAAGCCUUUCUUACGAUAGAAAAGAGAAAGGGAGCCUCUCCCCACCUCCUCCCCGCAAAGCCCCCACAAAAACAAAAACCUAAACCCAUCUUUUAUUCCUUCUUUUCCUCCUUUUUCUGUCCUCCCUCCCCCCAUCCCCUUCUUGUCUCCAGCUUUCCUGGCAGCUAGAGGAGGGAGCAGAAAAAUGUAUACCUGUAAGUACUUUUAACUGUCCUUGCUCCCCCCUCCCUUUUUUCUUUAUCUAAAAGCAGAAACUCAGAAUUUCUCUGAGUUCUUCACAGCCUUGUCCUGACUGUGUGUAGAAGGUGAUAUGCUGAGGUUUCUAAUGGGAUUGAAAUAAUAAAUACUGUUGCUUUUUACAAUUUGUUGUGGAGUAAUUGUUUCUCAUACAGAGCUCCUUUCGGUUUGGAUCCUCAGUCGUCCUGCUUCAUCCUUUUGCUGUAAUGGUCUCUGGCUUCUAGUUUUCUUUGAGCUGAAGCUAUAAGAAGGAUAUUAUGCUAAGGUUUCCUUUUUCUUUCUUUUUGAAAAAAAUUUCUUUUGUCUGUAGCAGUGAUGGUUCUACUCCCCCUUACCCUCACUUACCCCCCCUCCCUUUUCCAUGUCAGCUUCAACCCUGCUCUGUGAAUGGAGUCAGCCAGCUGACUGAGUGCUGGCAUCACGCCAGCGGCUGCAAAGCAGUGAGAAUGUGCGCGCGCUCGCGUGUGUAAGUGUGUACAGAACACAAAGGGAGAGGCCUGCAGCCUAGGAAAUCACAGGCUAUUAUAUAAGGAAGUCUGCGUCAUCUCUGCUUACUUGGGCCGAUGGACAAGGAAAAGGGACGGUUUAGAGCAAGAAAAAUACCCGUUUGAUACACACACAGACACACACACACACACACACACACACACACACACACACACUUUUUUCCUUGCUGUCUUUAAAUAAAAUUAGAUUUUUUUGUUGUGGCAAAAUGAGAGGGAGCUUCUCUGCCCGAGUGACAGUGACUGUGUUCCUAGUGGGAGCUAGUAACUCUUCUGGGAGGUGAAGCAGUCUGUUCCGCAUCUGUUUUCCUGCCUCCAUUUAGAGGUGUGCCUGCUCAAGGAAGAAGGGUCCCUAAAAGAGAGAUGCUGCCUGGAUUUAACAGCUGUAAUUUGUUAAGAUACCCCCCCCCCAAAAAAAAAAAAUGUUUCUAAUCAUUCCAUAUUGCCGAGGGUCCAGGAGUGGAUGGCCAUGGGGGUGCUCUUAGGAGACACAAAAAGCCAUAUAAUAGAGCAAAUAAUAUCGGCUAACUACUCCUUUGAGCGACCCCCCCCAUUUCCUCUUUUAUUUCUUGUUAUUGUUCUAUUUAGUGUAUUAUAAAAAUGCAGUGUUCUCUCCUGCCAUGUGCUGCGGAGUUAGAGUUAUACAAAAGGAAAGUGAGGUAGCACAUGGAAAGAAGGAAAAAAAUCUAAGCUUCCAGACUUUGCAAGUGUUGCAGUUUAGAGAUUCACUUGGAAUGAUUGUAUGUUUCAUUGGUUAUUAGGAGCUCAACAUUCAUUUAGAAAUUAUAUUUCAAUUUACCACCAAUUUACCCUGGUGUCUUUUUUCUCAGUUUCUCUUUAUGUGCUUCCUGGCUGUGAUACAUACAUGAAGCGGCUCUUGUGUUAGGUGGAGUGUGAAAUAAAGUGUAUUAAUGAAUAAAAGAGGGACAUGCUGUUACAGUUGUUUUAUGUGAGUUUAUUUUUAUUUCUUAUCUGACCAUUCAGAAUAAUGGUGCUGAUAUGCAAUAAUCAAGUAGGGAGAGUUUGGAAUGGGAGGAAGCUUUUGAAGUACUUUAUCCUAUAAUAAGGUUUGUCAGGUUGCAGUCUAGAGGAAGCUCCUUAAUUCAGUCUUUUUGUUAUAGCCUAUGAAUUUGUACUCUUGCCACAUUUUUACAUCCAACAAUCUUUGAGUAUAUGUAUAUUUUUCCCUUUGGCACAUGAAUUUUGGUGCAAGUGUUAAGAGGUGCACUCUGAUCUGUGUCUCCCUCUCUCUCCUCCCCCACACUCUUUGUCUCAAAAAAAAAAAAAAUAAUAAUACAUUAAACAAAAAUUAAAAAACAAAAAAAGGGGGGUGUCUGGGUGGCCCAGUCGAUUAAGUGUCUGACUUCGGCUCAGGUCAUGAUCUCACAGCUUAUGAGUUCAAGCCCCGCGUUGGGCUCUGUGCUGACAGCUCAGAGCCUGGAGCCUGCUUCGGAUUCUGUGUCUCCCUCUCUUUCUGGCCCUACCCUGCUCACACUCUGUCUCUCUCUCUCUUUCUCAAAAUCAAAAUAAUAAACAUUUAAAAACACAAAAAGAGGUGCAUAUGAGGUUAUACUUUUUUGUAUCUAUUUUUUAAUGUUUAUUUUUUGAGAGAGAGAACACAAGCAGGGGAAGGGCAGUGAGCAAGACAGAGACAGAGGAUCCAAAGCAGUCUCCACACUGAGAGCAGAGAGCCCGAUGUGGGGCUCAACCGGGAGAUCAUUGACCUGAGUCGAAGUCGGAUGCGGAUGUUUAACAGACUGAGCCACCCAGGUGCCCUGAGGUUAUACUUUCUUUAAGGGUUGCUGGGUGGGAUUUACCAGAGCAGCUGGCCUGAGCUCAUUUCCUAGGCUGCCCCCAGUUAUAUUCCCCCCAGAUAGCUGGGGCCACUCUUCUUCUUUUCCUUUAUAAAUGAGUUAAGGGAGAUUGUUUCCCAGUCGGUUGAAUCCUGGGAGACAAAACAGUAUCAGACCAGCGUAGCUCAAACCUCGAGACCAAAGAUUCAGAGUUGUGAGAUUCCCUGGUUCUUAGAAAUAAUAGUUACCUUUUUAAGUUGAUGCUAUUUUUAAAUUCUAUUUGGUAAUGUUUUUUUCCAUGGGGAAUAGCCAUUUUACAUGUGUGUAUGUGUGGUGGUAUGUUUACCUCUUACAUUGGUUUAUAUUAAAUAUAAAGAGAACUGAAGAUGUAAAGUUUAUUUCACCCCUUACCAUCAUCUCUAAUUUAAGAUUCUGUCUGUAUUGUGAUGCUUGCUUAUUGGACCAAUAGGUUUUAAAAAAGAUCUUUGCAGCCUUUUAUUUCUAACUUUUUUCCUGGUGCCUGGAAGCAGAUUAGUAGGGAUAAUCUUACGAUUAGGUAGUUAUAAUCAGUGAGACAUAAGUUAAUACAUUCUAUUAAUGGACAGACUUUGUGUUUCUUCUCAUAGGCCCUAGUUAUUGUUUAGGAGUGGAUGAAGAGUCGUUUUGAAGGAUGCGUGGAAUCUGUCCUUUGAGCAUCUCUGUCUCUAUCACUUGUUUUAAAUGAUGUCUGGCAGAAUUUUCUUUAUAUGUCAGAACUUUUGUACUGAUUUAUUAUAAUAUGUGCUAGCAUAACUAUUAUUAUUUUAUUCUGACUUAUUAUAAGAGGGUGGGGGGGGAGGAUUGCUUACCUCCUAUUCAUUGGGCUUUUAGGCAACACACCCUAACUUGUCAUAUUUAAGCAUAGAGGCCUUUAUGAUCCUUGGUGUACAAUAACUGAACACUGUUACCUAAAGCUGGAUCACCUAAGUUCUUGCAUUCAGUGAAGUUUAAUGUGGUAGUUAAUGUGGUGACGCAGUUAAUGUGGUAAACUCAGUGAAACAGAAGAAACACUGUAAGAGCAAGUAAAUAGCAACCGUCUUUGCAUUCUUAUUCAGAAUAACUGUCUUACCAGUUUGGAUCAAAAAACCAAAAAUGGCAAUAUAGAUAGAUACUACAUAAUAUGAUGAUUAAGAAUAUGGACCUUAGCUGAGUCAGUUGAGCAUCCGACUUCAGCUCAGGUCAUGGUCUUGCAUAGUGGGUUUGAACCCUGCAUCGGGCUCUGUGCUAACAAAGAGCUCAGAGACUGGAGCCUGCUUCAGAUACUGUGUCUCCCUCUCUCUCUCUCCCCCUCCCCUGCUCAUGCUCUCUCUCUCUCUGUCUCUCAAAAAUAAAUGUUAAAAAGGAAAAAAAAAAAUGGCCAUUGAAGUAAGAGAGACCUUUGUGUUUGAAUUAGGCUUAACUAUUUACAGACUGUGAGACCUUGGAAAGUUACGUAGUUUAUCUGUUUUCUGUAAAAGGAUAAUUAUUAAAAUUUAAAACUCUGCUAUAAAGGGCUUAAAUGUGAUAAGGUAUUAUAAAGCACUUUAGAGCUUAGCCAAUAAGAGCUCAGUGAAUUAAGUUAACAACUGUUACUGAUAUUCUGUCUGUUGGGUUUACUGCUGUUUUCAGUGCUGUUACUAGUUUCUUUUAGCCAGUCUGUGGCUACCUCUAUUUUUUAUUUUCGUGAUGUAUUUUGAUUAAGAGUGGGUUUAUUGACCUACACGUUGGACGAGUUUAGAUCAGAAGUCAGCAAACUACUGAUUGUUUUUGUAAAUAAAGUUUUAUUGGAACACAGCCACACAUAUUUCCUUACAACAAUGGAAUUGAAUAGAUGGCCCACAAAGUCUGUAAAAUAUUUACUAUCUGGGGUGCCUGAGGGGCUCAGUGGGUUAAGUGUCCAACUUCGACUCAGGUCCUGAUCUCUUGGUUCAUGAGUUUGAGCCACAUGUCAAGCUCCGUGCUGACAACUCAGAGCCUGGAGUCUGUUUUGGAUUCUGUGUCUCCCUCUCUCUCUCUGCCCCUCCCCCUUGCGCGCUCGCUCUGUCUCUCUCUCUCAAAAAUAAAUAAACAUUAAAAAAAUUUUUUUUAAAGUGUAGCCUGGGUGGCUCAGUUGAUUAAGCAUCCGACUUCGGCUCAGGUCAUGAUCUCAUGGGUUGAGUACGAGCCCCAGGUGGGAAUCUGUGCUGACAGCUUGGAGCGUGGAGCCUGCUUCCAAUUCUGUGUCUCCUUCUUUCUCUCCACCCCUCCCCCACUCAUGCUCUUUAUCUGUCUCUCAUAAGUAAACAUUAAAAAAGAAUUUUAAUAAAUAAAUUAAAUAUUUAUUAUCUGGCCCUUGACAGAAGAAGCUUGCAGACCCAUGGUCUAGGUCUAGAUCACUUUUCCUAGAAAAGUGAGCCAGGAAGGAAGUUCUAGAAAUCCAAAGGGAGGUAAUUAAAAUUGACUAAACUUAAAUGAACUAGAAGGAGUGGGUUUUUGGUAUGGGAUUUUGUAGCCUGGCGGAUAGCAGAAGGAAGAUACGUUGACAUAGCUGAUAUGAAUUAAGGUAAAGGAAAGUAACGUUUGGAGUUGGUUAGGUAAUAAUAUUGGGGCAUUUCAUAUGGUGGUAUUAAAGAGGAGUACAAACAAGAAGGGUUCGCCACCAAGUAGUUUGCAUUGAACCUGGAAGAUAGGGGCGCCGGGCUGGCUCAGUUGGUGGAGCAUGCAGCUCUUGAUCUUGGGGUUGUGAGUUUGAGCCCCACGUUGGGCAUAGAGCUUCCAUUUUAAAAAAUCUGGAAAAGACAUGAAUUGGUAGGUUUCUUUGUUAAACAUGUGGAUUAGUUGUCAGAGUGUGGUCUGUGGAUUCCUUGGGAUUCCUGAGAGCGUUUCGGAGAGUCUUGAGAUCAAAACUGUUUUAUAGUAAUACAAAGGCUUUUUUUGUUUGUUUGUUUGAUUUUGCCUUUUUCACUGUGUUGACAUUUGCACUGAUGAUCCAGAAGUAAUGGUCAGUAAAACUGCUGGUGCCUUUGCAUGAAUCAGAGCAGUGGCACUAAACUAUACUAAUAUCCAUUGUAUUCUUCACUGCUGUACAGUUCAAACUUGCAGUUUAAAAAAAAAGAUGCAGUUUCACUUGAAAAAUAUUUUGAUGGAGUGGAGAUAAAUUUUACUUUAUCUUGACCUUUCAGAACAUGGCUUUUGAAUAUUUUGUGUGAUAAAGUGGGAAAUGCUCAUGAAACACUUUUGCUGUGUACUGAACUACAGUGGUCUCAAGGAAAAGGACAGUCGAGUUGCAGGCUAACUAGCUGCUUUCUUCGUAGAACCGUUCCUACUUGAUGAAAGAAUAAUCAACACACUGUGGUCUGUAGACUUGGGUAUCUGACAGACAUUCUUGAAAACUUACAAGAACAACUUGAUUAUAUUUGUGCCCGGUGAUAAAAGUAGAAUAAAAAUUAAACCAGAGUUGGACAGCUCAGAACUUACUUUUAUGAUGAGAUUAGUGGUGACAUUACCCAGUAUGAUUCGUUUUUAUAUUGUAUAAUGAAAUAUGUCAGCACUUGAGAUGUGCAUGACUUAGUGGACCAGAAUUUUCCAAAUGACAAAUGCAUGAUGUAACAAAAUCACGUGUGGGUAAAAGAUCUAUUCAAAGUGUGAGAUAAGAUGGACCAAUGGAUUUUAAUGUUACAGUGUGAAAAGUUCAUUGAUAAGGUUUCAGAUUUCAAAUUGCAACUAACCCUUGGAAACUGUUUUGUUAAUUGAGGUAAAAGUCACAUAACAUAGAAUUAACCAUUUUAACUUGUAUGAUUCAGUGGCAUUUAACACAGUUGCAGUGUUGGGCCACUACCACCUAAAUCAAAUCCCACAACAGUUUCAUCACCCCAAAAGGAAACCUGUACCCACUAAGCCAUCACUACCCAUUUCUCCUUCCCUCAGCAUCUGGCAACCACUAAUGUGCUUCCCAUCUUGAUGGAGUAUCUGUUCUGGAUAUUUUACACCCAUGGAAUCCUAGGACAUGUGACCUUUCGUGUCUGGUUCCUUUCACGUAGCAUGUUCUUGAGGUUCAUUCAUGUUGUAGUGUUUAUCGGUACUUUAUUCCUUUUCACAUCUGAGUAACAUUCCACUUUAGGGAUAUACCACAUUUGGCUUGUCCGUGCACGAGUUGAUGGACAUUUCAGUUUUUUCCACCUUUUUGGCUCCUGUAAAUAUUACUGCUGUACACAUUUUUCUGUACGUUUUUGACUGAAUCCCUGUUUUCAGUUCUUUUGGAUAUUUACCUAUAAAUGGAGUUGCUGAGUCAUGUGAUAAUUCUAACUUUUUGAAGAACCACCAAGCCAUUUUCCAAAGCAACUGUACCAUUUUAUGUUCCUACCAGCAAUGUACAGUUCUAGGAUGCCAGUUUCUUCACAUCCUCAACACUUACUAUUUCCUGCCCUUUUUAUCACAGCCAUCUUAAUGGGUGUGAGUUGGUACCUCAUUGUGGCCUCAAUUUGCAUUUCUCUAAUGACUAAUGAUCUUUGCAUGUGCUUAUUAGCCAUUAAUAUAUCUUCUUGUUGAAGUCCUUUGUCUGCAUCUGUCGAGCUUUGAGUAUAUCAAAGACGAAGGAACACAGUUCUGAUCAUUUGAAAAGAUUGCUAGAAUACCCUUCUCUGGUAUCAGUAUGAACUCAUAAGUUUUAAUUUAUACACCUGUUUAUGUACACGUGUGCACAUACAGAGAUAGAAAUAGAUGUGUGCGUGCUGGUGCGUGUACACGGAUUUCCUUUUUCUGAGAGGACUUGGAAGCAGUUACGCCACCAUAGCAAUGAGCACACAUGGCACCAGGUCUUGUUUUCUAAAUGCUAUUGUCUGGGGGAAGAAACUCGAGUUCCUUGGAGAAGUGACUUAGGGCAAAGGAAAAACGUCCUUUGGACCUGAAACAUGACGUGGCUACCAGAAGAGAAUGAAAUGCUAAAACAAACAAACAAACAAACAAAGUGGCGUACCAACUUGAAGGAGCUUUCAACACCGGAUCUGGGACAAUUUGAAGAACAAAAUAAGUAAUGAUAGUAACAGAUUAUAACCCAUGGGAUAAAAUAAAUAUCCCUAAGCCCACGGUGCUGCAAAUAAAUAUUUGAAUAAAUAAAUACGAGACAGCCAUGUAUUACAGUAAAAUUCAAAUUAAUAUAGAAGGAAUGAUGGAAACAUUAGGCAGAUACUAAUAAUGGUUACAGGCAAGAAUUGUCUGUGAAUGCUAAAGUUAGUCGGUGGAAGUUGGAUGCAAAAUGAGAUUUUGCGUAGCCUCAGAGUAUCUCUUCAUAGUAACGUUCAGUGGAGAAACCCGUCAGACCCCACCUCCCUCAAGUGAUUACAGUUAACAUCAUCAUAAUGCAACACGUUGACAUCAUGUGCUUGCUGAGAGGGUACACUGAGAAGGGUACAGUAUUGCUCUUGUGCUAUUUUUGUCAAAAAUACGUAACUUCAAUCUAAUGAGAAGACAUCACAUUAACCCAAAUUUGGGGACAUUUGACAAAAGGGCUGGCUGCAAAAGUGUGAAUGUGAAGAAAGAAUAAAAACUGUCCCAGUUAGGAGGAGAGAUGUUGGAGAUCCACAAGAGCAGUGUGGGGCUGCAGACUGAAUGUGGAAGCAGGAUGGAUAGGAUGACAGAAGAUGCUCUUCGCCUGAACCUGUUGAAGCGGAGCUUGGACCCGGCAGAUGAGCGAGACGAUGUCCUGGCCAAGCGACUCAAGAUGGAGGGGCACGAGGCCAUGGAACGCCUGAAGAUGCUGGCGCUGCUCAAACGGAAGGAUCUGGCGAAUCUCGACGUGCCACACGAGCUGCCCACCAAACAGGACGGCAGUGGUGUCAAGGGCUAUGAGGAGAAACUCAAUGGGAAUCUCAGGCCUCAUGGCGACACCAGGACUGCUGGAAGGCCAGGCAAAGAAAACAUCAGCGACGAGCCUGUGGAUAUGAGUGCCAGGCGGAGUGAGCCAGACCGUGGGAGGCUGACUCCCUCCCCAGACAUCAUUGUUUUAUCUGAUAAUGAGGCUUCCAGUCCCCGCUCCAGCUCCCGAAUGGAAGAAAGACUCAAAGCAGCCAACCUAGAGAUGUUUAAGGGGAAAGGCAUUGAGGAGCGGCAGCAGCUCAUCAAGCAGCUGAGGGACGAGCUGCGACUGGAAGAAGCCCGGCUGGUGCUGCUAAAGAAGCUGAGGCAGAGCCAGCUCCAGAAGGAGAACGUAGUCCAGAAGACCCCGGUUGUGCAGAACGCGGCAUCCAUCGUGCAGCCAUCUCCUGCCCAUGGGGGACAGCAGGGCCUGUCCAAGCUUCCCUCCCGGCCUGGGGCCCAAGGGGUGGAACCACAGAGUCUGAGAACAUUACAGGGUCACAGUGUCAUCCGCUCCGCGACCAGUACCACCCUCCCACAUAUGUUGAUGUCCCAACGUGUUAUUGCACCAAACCCAGCCCAGCUACAGGGUCAACGGGGCCCACCUAAGCCUGGCCUUGUACGCACCACAACACCCAACAUGAAUCCUGCCAUCAAUUACCAACCGCAGUCGAGUUCUUCCGUUCCCUGCCAGCGCACAACAUCCUCUGCCAUCUAUAUGAACCUCGCCUCCCACAUGCAGCCGGGGACUGUGAACAGGGUGUCCUCCCCCCUGCCGAGCCCCAGCGCCAUGACCGAUGCCGCCAACUCCCAGGCUGCCGCCAAACUGGCUCUUCGCAAACAGCUGGAAAAGACCCUCCUGGAGAUUCCGCCGCCUAAACCUCCUGCUCCCCUGCUUCACUUCCUGCCUAGCGCGGCCAAUAGCGAGUUCAUCUACAUGGUGGGCUUGGAAGAAGUCGUACAGAGUGUCAUCGACAGCCAAGGCAAAAGCUGUGCCUCACUCCUGCGGGUCGAACCCUUUGUUUGCGCCCAGUGCCGCACAGAUUUCACCCCUCACUGGAAGCAAGAGAAGAAUGGUAAGAUUCUGUGUGAGCAGUGUAUGACCUCCAACCAGAAGAAGGCUCUAAAGGCCGAACACACCAACCGGCUGAAAAAUGCUUUUGUUAAAGCCCUACAGCAGGAACAGGAAAUCGAACAGCGGCUACAGCAGCAGGCAGCCCUUUCCCCCACUGCGGCUCCGGCCGUGUCCAGUGUCAGUAAACAAGAGACCAUCAUGAGACAUCACACGCUUCGGCAGGCUCCACAGCCCCAGAGCGGCCUCCAGCGCGGCAUACCCACAUCUGCCCGUUCCAUGCUCUCCAACUUCGCGCAGGCGCCCCAGCUGUCUGUGCCUGGUGGCCUCCUUGGGAUGCCAGGUGUCAACAUUGCAUACUUGAACACCGGCAUCGGAGGACACAAAGCUCCCAGUUUGGCAGACAGACAGCGGGAGUACCUUUUAGACAUGAUCCCUCCCCGGUCUAUAGCGCAGUCCAUCAGCGGGCAGAAAUAACGCCUGUCCACGCGCACUGCCCCAGCCUUGAACCCUUUACCCCUCCUCUCCCAUUGCCCCCAACUUCCGUCGCAUGCAGUGCCUGUACUGGUGCCUACCAUACACGGAAAACAAAACAGAAAACAGAAGACAAACCUAGAAAUCAACAGGAAAACGCGCCUGCCCUGCCCGCCACCCCUCUCUCACUGCUGCGAUUCUGCCGCUCUUGUCUUCUCUCCGGUUUUCUUUCACAGUGAGGUGCUCUUCACCUCGGAUGAGGUCAGAGUGAGGUCCUGGGGAGAGAGAAAUCUAAGCCCUCUGACGUGUGUUUCUAAAGUUUUUAUGCUCUAAUUAUUAUCAUUUUUAAUGAUGUUGUGUGUCCUCCCCUUUGUUCAGUGGACGGUUAAACCUUUUUAUUUUCUCAAUAUUUUCCUUUUUCUCUUUUUUUUUUUUCUUUUUUGUAAACACAGAUGACAUUCAGAUAAAUGACAGGAGCAUUGCAGGGGGUCCCCAAGCAGAUAUGACUGGCAACGUUGGGGGCAGAAGUUUUUAAUGCACUUAACCUGGGGGUGGGGCAAGGUGAUGGCAUCAGAUAGGGAGGACAUCAGCCCUUGGUGUCUCUGGGCUGGACAGUCUGGGAGGUGGUGUUUUGUACUGAAGUUGGGCUCUAAGAAUGAGGGGAAUGAGCCUGGAGGGAGAAGCUUUAAAAUGUAACCACCACGGAAUUGACCCACAGAGAAAGGGGAGAGGGACGUGGGGACAAGUAUAGUGUUGAGCCAAGGAGGACGGAGGCUGGUGUUGGCCUCUUGGAUGCUCUCCUGGUCCCAGUGGAGAUAGAAGUCUAUUCCAGGUCAACUAGCCCCAAAUUAUUUCACCUUACUUUCUUUGUAAAAUACCCCCCCCCCACCUUUUCAAUCCUGAUCUGCUCCUGGUAAACUCAGUCCCCCAAGUCCCGUCUAUAAUCCAGCCUGAGUUAGCCAGUGUCCUGGGAGCUGGGCGGGACAUGCUGAGUGAGACAGAGAAGGGAAGAGAGAAGGGCUUUCUCUCCCAGCAGGUGAGACCCCAUCUGUCUGUCCCACCCUCCAGCCAGGAGGAGGGAACAGGGAUGCCUCACCAGCUUGGAGUCCUGCCCUGGUCUGCUGUCCUGAGUGCAGAACCCACUGCUCAGAGCCACACAACUCUGGUCAAAGCCAGCUCUGAGUCUCGGCUGCAAAAGUAGUUGUGGUGCCCCCUCCCCAACCCAUCUCCAGAAAUCUAUUAAUUUUCCUUUUUUGUUGUUUUCAGCUUUUUCUUAAGCGCUACUAAUGUAGGGAAUGAACUGAAUUGUGCAAUGUUGCUGUUCUGGGGAUAAGAGAGGUUGGCACCCCAUCUGCCCACACCGUGGGGGAAGCAAGAGGGGGACCAGGCUGUCUCUGAGGUAAAGCACUCACC